AUGCUUUCUACAAGAGCAGCCUCAAGGCUACCUCUUGCACGAGCCAACUGGACUGCAGGCUCUGUCCGAUCAUAUGGAAAUUUGGUCUGCCACAAGGCUAUCGUGCGCUCCCAAUGCAUUUCCCCACAGGCCAGACAGCCUCUGUUGACCCAGUUAUCAAGACCCGCCCACUCCCGAGUGCCUCUGGCCUCGGUUCCUAGGACGUUGAUCGCAGGCUCCUUCAGAAGAUGGACGUCAUCAAAGACACCAGACGGUCCAAAUGAAAAAAGCUCCAAAACAACUGCUGCUGCCAAGCGACUACUGUCUAAACUUCCAAUCGCCAAGACACAUGAGAACAUCUACACAGUCCCAAACAUUCUCACCUUUACUCGUCUUGUAGCAGCACCGGUGGUUGGAUAUUUGCUUGUCCAUGAUUACCACACAGCUGCACUCUCUCUCUUCGCCUAUGCCGGUAUCACCGAUUUGGUCGAUGGGUACAUUGCGCGCAAGUAUAACCUGCAAACAGUCGUGGGAACCAUCAUUGAUCCCAUGGCUGAUAAGCUGCUUAUGACUAUUGGUGUGGCCUGUCUGGCAGUCAACGGAUCUCUUCCUGUGUGGCUAGCGGUCAUCAUCCUGGGCCGCGACAUUGGUCUGGCCCUGUCGGCCAUCUACUAUCGAUGGAUUUCUCUUCCCGCACCAAAGACAAUGGCUCGUUACUGGGAUUUCUCCCUUCCAUCAGCCGAAGUCAAGCCUACUGAGAUCUCUAAGAUCAACACUGCAUUGCAACUUGUGUUGGUAGGUAGUGCGAUCGGCCUUCCGGUUCUUCCCGAGGCGUUUAUCAGUGCCUGGCAUCUGCAGGAGGCAAUGACAGGAUUCCAGUAUCUCGUCGCUGGCACUACUCUCUGGUCAGGCCUCAGCUACGUCUUCUCGAAGAACGCGGUCAAGAUUCUAAGCAACGAAGAGAUUCAAAAGCGCAUUGCUGCAGCUGCUGCGAAGAAAAAGGACUAA